AUGUCUACUUCUGGGGGUGUGCCAUUCAAGCAUGAACAGAGUGCUGAGAUGAAGGCCAAUGGGAUCACAUAUCUGGUGAGUGGUGGGAGCUACGCAUAUGUCUAUUGCCCGAGUAAUGGGUUGCUUAUUGCCGAUGAGAACUGUAGCCCUGAGGCCAUCUCAAAGCAUUUCAAGGAGCAGGGGCUGCCAUACGUCAAGCUCAAGCAGUGGUCUGAUGUGGUGUUCUUGAACUGGCAGCAGGAGUGCAGUGCAGCGGGCACGAGCCUCUCAGGCUUGCAGGCAGUCAUCCGGUUGCAUUGCGAACACCGACGCGGAGAUGUGAUUGCUCAGGUCACAGGAGGCCAGACAAUUGGUGGGUAUAAAAACCCCAUAGUUUUCGAACCCGGCGAGUCAAAUUUCAAUGCCCUUCUUGGAACUCCGAAUGGGAGCGGCGUGGCAUAG